AUGUCACCAUAUGGACAAUAUCCACCAACACCAGGCAUGGGACCCUAUGCCUUUGCGUGUCAAUAUCAACCACCAGCAGGUCCAGGCAUGCCACCCCACUGGAAUGGAUCUCAAUAUCGACCACCUCCACCUCUACCACCAGCCUGUCCAGGCAUGCAACCCUACUGGAAUGGAUCUCAAUAUCCACCACCACCACCCCCACGUCCAGGCAUGCCACCCUACUGGAAUGGAUCUCAAUAUCCACCACCACCACCACCACCAGCAGGUCCAGGCAUGCCACCCUACUGGAAUGGAUCUCAAUAUCCACCACCACCACCAUCAUCUGGUCCAGGUAUGCAACCCGAUCAGUAUCCCCCAGCCACUGGUAAUCCAUACAACUAUCCUAUCCCGCCACCAAAUAAGGUUAAUUCCUCAUCUUUCAUAAAAGGAGUGGUUCUUGGGAAGCUUAUCUAUGGAAAUGAUGGGAUGACAAUUAUUCUCGUAUGCCUGAUAUAUGGAAGUUACACAUCACUUAUAAUAGUGAAUGAUACAUGCAAGUAUGAUGAAUUGGUUGAGCUUGUUGUUUCAGAGUUGGGGGCUUAUUCACGCAGAAGUAGCUAUUCAUGUCAGUCAACAUGUGCAUUGCAAUGUCUAGACUCAUCAACUACUUCCAUUGAGUCAUCAGCUAAUGUAUUUUGUUUACAACAAAUAGCUCAAGAUAUUUGUGACUCGAUUAUGACCGUUGAGAAAGGAAAUAUUGAAGAAGAUGUAACAUUAGUAUCUCAAGCAGAUGCUAGAGAAGUAGUUGAGGAAAAAGUUUUCCGCAACAAGAAAAUACCAAAAAUGAGCUUGGCCUUCUAUGCCAUACAAAACAAGUUUGAAUAUAAGGUGUUGAGAUUGGACAAGAAGGAGUAA